GUCGAUAGCGGAAAUAAUCCUUCUAGAUUGGAGUACUGUAUUAGCAUGCUGGACGACAGACUCCCAGACGUGAUUGCACGUGUGUUUGUGGAGGAACAUUUUCUUAAAAAAGAACGGCGUUACAUUUUAGAUUUAGUAGAUCAGCACAAGGAAGUAUUUAAAGAUAUAAUAGAGAAUGCCAAGUGGAUAUCGGAUACAGCAAAAACUGCUUCAAAAGAAAAGAUUGAUUCAAUGAAAGUUGAGGUAGGGUAUCCCAAAGAAGUAUACAAUGAUGCAUAUCUUAAUCAGCUUCACAAAAACUUUAAAGUCAACACCGACAAUCCUUUCCAGACAGCUGUUAGUAUGACCAGGGCAGAAAAGUCUAAUGAAGUUAAAUUGCUAAGGGCAACACCAAAAGAUACCAUGUAAAGUUAUUUU